AUGGCUGAACACUUUAAAGAGGCAUGCAGGUGUUCUAUCUGCUCCGGUCACCUCCAAAAGCCCGUGUAUCUGAAGUGUGGUUACACCUGCUGCCUGCGCUGCACCGCCUCCCUGCAGAGGGAGCCCGACGGGGAGGGCCUCCUGUGCCCCGGCUGCUCUGUGGUCUCUCGGCAGCAGGACAUCAAGCCUGCGUUCCAGCUGAGGAAUCUGGUGGACGCCGUCAAGGAGCUGGAGCCCCAUCUGAGCGCCGUUCUGUCCAUGAACCCCAGGCUGCUCAAGUUCCAAGUGGAUGUGACCUUGGACGAGGACACGGCCCACAAACGCCUGGUCAUCUCUGAGGACCGGAAGACCGUCCACUGUGGGCUCUCCCCACUGACUCGGAGGGAGCGUCCCGAGAGAUUCGACUGUGCGUUGGGCAUCCUGGGCUUCCCGGGGUUCAAUUCUGGACGCCAUUACUGGGAGGUGGACGUGGGCAGCAGCAGAGAAUGGGACGUGGGGGUCUGCAGAGAGUCGGCGAAGCGCAAGGGGCUGGUCCUGCUGGCCUCGGACCACGGCUACUGGACCGUGGCUUUGAGAGAAGGCUGCUUCUUCGCCAGCACCACAUCACUCACGCCUCUCUCGGUGGGGUCCUCUUUACGACGACUGGGGAUCUUCCUGGACAUGGAUAGCGGGGUGGUCUCCCUGUAUAACGUUAGAGACGGGUCCCAUAUCUUCAGUUUCACCAAAAUUCCCACUAAAGAACCACUGCGUCCAUUUUUCGCCAUCACAAAUGCAGUCCGUGAUGCUCAAGGCUUCCUGAGCAUCUGUCCGCACACGAGCCGGCCCACUCCAACCACCGACUUGCCGUCUGAGAGCUCGCUGAGACUCGCUGCCCGCCUGCGCUACGCGUCCCUGCGGCCCGCACUGCGGCCGCCUCCUGCUGAGAGGAGGGCCUCCGCCAGGCACAAGAUUCGCUGGCGGCCAAGGAAACCAGAGACCUUCAGUGAAGACGCAGGUGUUCCCUACGCACUCUGA